AUGGAUAAUUCUCAAUACACUACACGGGCAGGAUUGUUCAAAAUUCACGCAAAAUCUCAUCGGGUCCUUCACCAUAUCAUUCCCCCUGCCGGCAAUGACAAAGGCAAGGAGAAGGUUCCUUCUACCGAGGAAGAAAAGGUACUAUGGGAAACCCUUGAUGUCGCGGUUUUAUCGUGGAUAUAUACUACCAUCUCUCGUGACCUCCACAACACCAUUAUCGAUCCAGGUACUACAGCCAUGGAAGCUUGGAAUAGGCUGCGUGACAUAUUUCAAGACAACCAACAUUCUCGGGCCGUCACUCUUGAGCAAGAGUUUUCCAGUACUCAUUUGGAGGACUUUCCCAACAUUUCGGCGUACUGUCAACGUCUGAAAUCGAUCGCCGAUCAACUCAAGAAUGUAGGAGCACCUGUUUCGGAUAGUAGGAUGGUUCUUCAAUUGGUGGGAGGCCUCACAAAGGCGUACAGUGGCGUGGGAACGCUCAUAAGGCAGAGAAAUCCCCUGCCUCCUUUCUAUCAAGCGAGGUCAAUGCUUACCUUAGAAGAGGUCGGCAUGGCCAAAAAAGCAAUGACGGGGUCUGAUUCUGCAAUGCUCGCUGCUUCCGGUGAUGAGUCGUCGGUCUACAAUGACAAUUCGGGGCAAGCUAAGGGUCCAAGACAGAAAAAGGGCAAGAAUGGUGGCAGAAAUAAUUCGGGUAAUGGUGCUAGUCGUGGCUCCGGCAGUGGAGGAAAGGGCCGAGGACAGAACGGCGGCGGCCGUGGCAACGGUGGCCAACAGCAGCAGCCCUCUGGUGGCCAGCAGGGGAAUUUCCCGGGUUAG